AUGUCCGACUCCGCUGGGACCACCUUCACAGGCUCCUGCCACUGCGGCUUCAUCAAAUACAAAGCCGAGCUCUCCAUCUCCGAGACUGAGCCUCCCGUCGCAUCACGCUGCAACUGCACCAUCUGCCUCAAGCAAGGCUACACCAGCAUGCGCCUCGCUCGGCCGUCAGACUUUACGCUCCUCUCGCCCGAGUCCGCCUCGCAAGUCAAGGACUACCAGAUGCGUUCCAAGGACGUGCACAAGUACUUCUGCGACAAAUGCGGCAUCCACGUCUGGUCCACGGGCCGCUACGAGUUCGAGGGCCAAACCCACGACUUCAUGACCCUCAACAUCUUGACCCUGGACCAGCCCCAACCCGGCCUCGACUUGAGCAAGUUCAAGAUCGAAUACUGGGAUGGUAGGAAUGAUAACUGGAAGGCGGGGGCGAGCGAUACUCCCUAUCCGGGGCAGUGUCUCUGA